AUGGCGAAAGAUCCAAUCCGUGUUCUUGUCACCGGCGCCGCAGGACAAAUCGGAUAUGCUCUUGUUCCCAUGAUUGCUAGGGGUGUGAUGUUGGGCGCUGACCAACCUGUCAUCCUCCACAUGCUAGAUAUUCCACCUGCUGCAGAGGCACUUAAUGGAGUGAAAAUGGAAUUGGUCGAUGCUGCAUUCCCUCUUCUCAAAGGGGUUGUUGCAACAACUGAUGUUGUUGAAGCAUGCACUGGAGUCAACAUUGCAGUGAUGGUUGGUGGUUUCCCCAGGAAAGAAGGCAUGGAGAGAAAAGAUGUGAUGUCAAAGAAUGUCUCCAUCUACAAGUCCCAGGCUUCAGCUCUUGAGAAACAUGCGGCUGCCAACUGCAAGGUUUUGGUCGUUGCUAACCCUGCCAACACCAAUGCAUUGAUACUGAAGGAAUUUGCACCAUCUAUCCCGGAGAAGAAUAUUACUUGUCUGACUAGAUUGGAUCACAAUAGGGCUCUUGGACAAAUUUCGGAGAGAUUGAAUGUUCAAGUGUCCGAUGUUAAAAAUGUCAUUAUUUGGGGAAAUCAUUCUUCAACACAAUAUCCUGAUGUCAACCAUGCCACUGUCAAUACUCCUGCAGGAGAGAAACCCGUUCGUGAGCUUGUUGCCAAUGAUGAAUGGUUGAAUAGUGAGUUUAUUACUACUGUCCAGCAACGUGGUGCUGCAAUUAUCAAAGCUAGAAAACUUUCUAGUGCACUCUCUGCUGCUAGUUCUGCUUGUGACCAUAUUCGUGAUUGGUUCCUUGGAACUCCAGGGGGUACUUGGGUUUCCAUGGGUGUUUACUCUGAUGGCUCAUAUAAUGUCCCAACUGGGCUAAUUUAUUCCUUCCCAGUUACUUGCAAGAAUGGAGAAUGGUCUAUUGUUCAAGGACUUUCAAUUGACGAGUUUUCGAGGAAUAAGUUGGACUUGACAGCUAAAGAGCUCAGUGAGGAGAAAGAUCUUGCAUACUCAUGUCUCUCGUGA